UCUCUCUCUCUCUCUCUCUCUCUCUCUCUCUCUCUCUCUCUCUUUCUCUCUCUCUCUCUCUCGCUCAUGGAGGUGUCCUUUACUACUCUCCCUAGAGAAAAAUCUCUAUCUAUCUUGCCCAUGGCUACAACAAAUCUGAACCGGAUACUGCCUACGGCAAGGAUUUCAUUAGCGGGAUUCUCUCACACACCUAUGCCAACUUUUGCAAGUAUAACUCAAGCUCAGGCUAAGGGGAUGCCCGCAUCUCAGUCGCGUCUUGACCAGCCAGACAGGUUUCCUAAACUCAAGAAAUUCCCCUUUCAUGAAGGCAAGGAAGUGGAAGAAAUAAUUAAAGAGAUGAUCAAGGUAAAGGACGAGCCAAAGAUUAAAUAUCUAGACAUUGAAAAGGGUGGUGGCGAUACUGUAACGGAUCUGAAAAAAAAGGUGAGGAUCCACUUUGAUUUCUAUGAUAGUAAUCAAAAUCGAAAACAUGGCAAUUGGCAGAAUGGUCAGAAGCGACGACCAGAAAAGAUUAAACUUUGCAAGCAUAAACUUGGCAAAGGAUUUGAGAAAGGAAUCCAAGGCAUGCGAGAGGGGGGAAUAAGAAGAAUCGUUGUUCCUCCGGAAUACUCAUAUGAAGAUGUUGAAGGUUCUGGGGUUUUUGAUGUUGAGUUGCUUGAGGUCCAUCCAUCCAUGUCUUGUAAAGUCCGAAAGAUAUUUUUUAAGUGAGAUUGCGAAAGUUUUCUCGAUUGUUAAAAGCUCAAUGUGCUAAGCAAGAAAUUAGAUUCCUGCUCUUAUGCCUUCGAUAUAUAUAUAUAUAUAUAUAUAUAUAUAUAUAUAUAUAUAAAGAAACUAUCUACUAGUUGUUAGGCCGCAUAUAAUGUGCAAAUUCAACUAAAUGUUAUAAGAAACAUUAUAUUUGAUCACUGUAAGAUAUUUAUGAAUUGUGUUAUGAGUGAAUUUAUUGUGUGAA